AUGAAGCAGAAAGCACAAAUCCAGGCAGAAACUGCUGCCAAUAAAUCUGCUAUGGAACUGCAAAAAUCCAAUGCUUCCAGCCUUUGGUAUCAGGAACAGUUACAGAUCGCACAAGUUGCAAGAGCAAAACUACAACAAGAUCUUUUAGAUACCAAGUCAAGUUUAGCCAAAAUUACAUCAGAGAAAGAUUCAUUAGAGAUAACUGUACAAACCAUGAAGCGGGAGGCAGAGGAUGGGCAAGCAAGAGCAGUGCGAGAGAAAGCCUCUCUGGUUGCGCACCUCGAAGCUCUCCAGGCUGACAUGGCAGAGCGUGAGGCACUUGUCUCUCAACUGGAGCGGGAUCGUGGCAGUGAUACAAAACUUAUGGAAGACAGGAGACAGAGACUGGAGCAGGAUAGGCAACGAAUACAUAAACUUCGAUUAGAUCUUGGUGAUACUGAGAGACAACUUGACUUUGUCAAAGAUGAUCUGAAGCAUAAAUGUAGCUUACUAUCAAGGUAUGAAAAUGAAUUAAAGGAUUUAAGGACAUCUGAAGCAGUUAACCAGGAAGUUCUAGGUGAAAGAGACAUUCGCAUAUCAAAUCUUGAGCAAACUGUUGAUGAAUUAAAGUCAUCUUUAAGCAAACAUCAAGAGGAAGGUAAGACCAAAGAUACAUCAAUAAACAUGUUGAAGGAAGAAAAACUGAAGCUUGAGGUGAGACUUGCAGCAGCAAGUAACGAGAAGAAAGAAGUAGAUGAUGCUAUCAUCAAAGUAAGAGAGGACAUGACAAAACUUUCCUCCAGCUUCUAUAGAAUGAAGCAUGAUCUGGCAGCCAAGGACCGGCAGAUUGAAGUACAUAAGAAAGAGGCAGAAGAACUCUUGACAGCAAGAACACAAUUAGAGAAAAAAUAUGAAGCUUUAGAAAAGAAGACCAUUGAAGAUGAAGAGAAAAAGAACUGUAUCAGCAGCAACUUGAGCGAACUUGAGAAUACUGUUUAUGAGAAGAACCAGUUGCAAUCCAAAAUAUCUGAAGCACUGAAGGAAUCUGAAGCCAGUAAAGAUGCUGCUUCUGUUGCAAAGGAUGCAGAAUCAAGGAUGAGUGCAAGGUUGCAAAAGUAUGAAGAAGCUAAUAAGGACCUGGAGGAGAAUCUCAAAAAUGCAGAAGAGAAGAUUCAGAGAAUAUCCAAGGACUAUGAGAACUCACAGUCAUUAAUUAAAGAUCACAUUUCAAAGAAUGAGCAGCUAGAGAUGAGAAUAAGCCAGUUCAUGGAUGCAGAAACCAACAUGAAAGCAGAAUUAGAUGGUCUGAAGGCUCGGUUAUCGCAGGUACAAGAGGACUGUGAGGUAAAAACAAAGGCACAAAUCCAGGCAGAAACUGCUGCCAAUAAAUCUGCAAUGGAACUGCAAAAAUCCAAUGCUUCCAGCCUUUGGUAUCAGGAACAGUUACAGAUCGCACAAGUUGCAAGAGCAAAACUACAACAAGAUCUUUUAGAUACCAAGUCAAGUUUAGCCAAAAUUACAUCAGAGAAAGAUUCAUUAGAGAUAACUGUACAAACCAUGAAGCGGGAGGCAGAGGAUGGGCAAGCAAGAGCAGUGCGAGAGAAAGCCUCUCUGGUUGCGCACCUCGAAGCUCUCCAGGCUGACAUGGCAGAGCGUGAGGCACUUGUCUCUCAACUGGAGCGGGAUCGUGGCAGUGAUACAAAACUUAUGGAAGACAGGAGACAGAGACUGGAGCAGGAUAGGCAACGAAUACAUAAACUUCGAUUAGAUCUUGGUGAUACUGAGAGACAACUUGACUUUGUCAAAGAUGAUCUGAAGCAUAAAUGUAGCUUACUAUCAAGGUAUGAAAAUGAAUUAAAGGAUUUAAGGACAUCUGAAGCAGUUAACCAGGAAGUUCUAGGUGAAAGAGACAUUCGCAUAUCAAAUCUUGAGCAAACUGUUGAUGAAUUAAAGUCAUCUUUAAGCAAACAUCAAGAGGAAGGUAAGACCAAAGAUACAUCAAUAAACAUGUUGAAGGAAGAAAAACUGAAGCUUGAGGUGAGACUUGCAGCAGCAAGUAACGAGAAGAAAGAAGUAGAUGAUGCUAUCAUCAAAGUAAGAGAGGACAUGACAAAACUUUCCUCCAGCUUCUAUAGAAUGAAGCAUGAUCUGGCAGCCAAGGACCGGCAGAUUGAAGUACAUAAGAAAGAGGCAGAAGAACUCUUGACAGCAAGAACACAAUUAGAGAAAAAAUAUGAAGCUCUAGAAAAGAAGACCAUUGAAGAUGAAGAGAAAAAGAAACUUGUGAAGGAGAUGAGUGAGCUGAAGCAAGAAAUAAAAGAGUUGUCAUCUGCUAGAGAAAAGGCAGAAUCAGAGCAAGUUGGUAUGAAGCAAGUUCUGAAAUCUCUAGAAAUAGAGAAAAAGGGUUUGGGUGAGGCUGUUCGAUUGCGGGAGGAGCAGAUCCAAAAUAUGCAGGGAAGUGUAGAAAACUAUAGAGAAGCUAUCCUCAAGAAGGAUGAGGAGCUGUAUGUGGCUCAUGAACAAAACUCAUCCCUUGAGAAGACCUACAUAGAGUUACGCAGACAGUGGGAAUCUUUAAAGGAAGAGACUUUGGCCUUAAGACAAGAGUCAGAAGCAUAUAUGGAACAUGAGAAGAUGCAGAAGAGAGAGAAAGCUGAACUCAAGGAGAGUAUACAGAAGGAAAGAAAGCUAAAACAGAAUAUGGAAAGGAAGAUUGAGAGUCUUGUUAAGUUGCAUGAGGAAGAAAAGGCAAAAAUCUUGUCAGAGAAGCAAAAUAAUGAAAAAACUGUUGCUGAACUGACUAAGGCACUCCAAAUUGAAAAGGAUGAAAGAAACAAGAUAGCUGAAAAGAAGGAAGUUAUUGAGCAAACACACAGUGAAUUAUUAAAAGAACUUCAGUUGUUAAAGAAAGAAAAUAGUCAAUUACAGGGUAAACUAAAUGAAGAAAUAAAAGAAUUAAAUGAUAAGCACACUAGAUCUCAAAAGGAAAAAGAGGACAUUAUAACCUCCUUAAAGACACAGCUAGAUACCAUCUCGAAAACCCAUCAGGACACAAAGAAAAACCUUGCACAUUUAGAAGAGGAGAAAGACAGAAAUGUCAGAGAGCUGACAAAUAAGUUACAGAUGAAAAUAGGAGAAUUGGAUACCAUGAAGAAGUCCCAUACUGAUGCACAGUCUCUAAUAUCAAGAAUAAAUCAGGAGAAAAAUAGAUUAAACGAACAAGUCACUCAGCUCCUGGCUGAGAACACUCACCUGAAGAAAACACCCACUGUGAAUGCAACUUUAGUGAAGGACUCCGCAGCUGCAAAUGAAUACAAGGAAGGAGGCAAAAAGAAGGGUGGAAAGAAUAUAGAUAAUCUACAAAAAGAAAUCUCAAUAUUGCAAGCUAAAGUUCGUGAGAAUGACACAAAGCUGAAGGAUGCCUUGAAGCAGAAGGAAGGUUUAGAGUCUACCAUGAAAAGCACCAAGAAAGAAAACUUAUUAAUGAGAGCAAAAAUGAAAGAGUUUGAGUCUCUUAAGUCAAAAUGCAAGGACUUGGAAGCUUGUAAAGAGAAGCUGAAAGACUAUGAAGCCUUUAACCUGAAGCUUAAAGAUUUAGAAACAAAAAUAGAGAAUCAAGAGAAAGAUAUAACCACUCUGAAUUCUUCCUUGAAUGAAACAUCUGGUCAAAAUAGCAUUCUAAAAGAAAGAGAAGAUGAGCUCUGCCUAAGGAUAGAUGUCUUGAAUAAGGAGAAGGAAGAUCUUCAACAAAAAAUCUCUAACCUUGAGGAACUUACCCAGCAGUCCCAUGACAAUAUUAUGCAAUAUCAAGUACAACUAAAGCAUGCAGAAGCUGAGAAAGAGGAGUGGAUGGCUAAAUUUGAAAGCUUAAGAGAUUGCAUUCCUGAGCGAGACACAAGCACCCAACCAGCAGUACAGUUAGGGUUCUCAGGGAGGGGUAGUGCCGACCAGACAUUCAGUAAAAACCAAGAGAGACUUGGCAUGUCAGCAGUGGACCAUGAUAGUACUCAAGGUCUUGUACCAGGAGCACCCAUGAACAACCUUGGUUACCUCUGCCAACCACCACAUGCAACAGUGACAAAUGGCACACAGUUUGAUAAAACCAUGGCAGAUUUGCAGGCUCAGGUAAAUUUAACCUCCAAAGCUUUGCAAGACAAGGAGAAGCAAAUUCAGAACCUUCAACACAGACUGAGCUUUUAUAAAGAAGACGAAGCAAGAGCUCCUUGUCUCAGUUCCUCAUCAGUUAACUCUCAGGUAGCAGUUGAAUCUGUGUUGGAGGAUUCAGUUCCAGAAUCAGUUUAUAAGAAAAAGAUUCAUGACCUCCUUCAAAAGAUAGAACAACUGCGGGUAUCUGGGGAGACUGACGUUUGCGAUAGCAACUCUGGGAAAAUUGCAGAAAACAACAGUUCAGAAAUACAAAUGAUGACAGCUAAAGUCAAAAGCCUGGAGUGUGCAGCUGAAUCCAAAAAUAGUGAGUUAGAGGAAGUCAAAACAAAAAUGGCAGUUAUGACCAAAGAGUUCCAGGAAAAGCAAAGACGAUAUGAGUCAAAUGUCCGUCUCUUAACCAGGAAGCUGAAAGAGCACAUGAAGGGACGCAAGUCAGCAGAGAAGGAGAUGCAGACGCAGGCUGAAGACCACCAACGUAUACUGAAUGAGGAGCAACAGAGAUAUUCUGUGCUGAGAUGCAGAUACAUAGAGCUUGAAGGUCGUAGUGAGUCAUUGGAGGGUCAAGUGUCCAGUCUUGAGAGCGAAGUGGAAGAAGUGCGCGGAGCUCUGGAGAGGUCUCGUCAGGAGGCCUAUGAUCAUCACAACAAUACCUUAGAGCUGCAGAAGGAGAUUGGCAGACUUCAGGAACUUGGGAAGACUUCAGACAACCUACGCCAAGAUGUCCUGAGCCUUAAGGAAACCAUUGCUCAGAGGGACCAACAACUUAAAAAAAUGGAACUGGAAUUGAGAUUAGGCCAAGAAGAGCUCCAGAAAGCCCAAUCUUCUUCAAGUACUCUCAGUGAGAAGAUGGCAAUAAAGCAGGCAGAGCUAGAUGAUGUCAGGCGUUUGAAGGAGCAGUUAGAGACUGAGAUGCAAACCUUGAGUGAGACGCUGAAGUCAAAGGAACAGGAUCUCUCAGGUGCAGAAGCACGCAUAACAGAAUUGGAAAGUAAAAAUGCCAAGCUUCAAAACAGUGUGAAGGAAGUAGAUAGCAAAACACAACAGAUAUCUUCUGAAAUGCAGAAGGUGAAAGAAGAAAAGCUUUUGUUAACGAACGAACUACAAAACACGAAGACGCAGCUCCAAGACUCAAUAGCCAAAAUUGCAGCUUUUGAGAGCCAGAUCAUGGUGGUGGAAGGCCAACUGAAGGCAAGCUCUGAAGAAGUGAAUCAGAUCAGAGAACAGCUGGAUGCCAAGGUUGCCUCCCACCAAAUAACAGUAGAGCAACUGGAGCAGAGUGUUGCUCGUGCCAGACAGGAGGUCGCAGCUCUUACUACUCAGCUUAGUCAGGUGCAGCGGGAAAGAGUCAGCUAUCAGACGCAAGCAGUGGAAUUGCGUACAGCCUUACACACAGCUUUGGGGCAACUCAAAAUUCAGAAAGCAGAGAGAGAAGCCCAGGAAGCUGAAGAAUCAACCAUUAGCUCAGAGGCGGGGGUGAUCCCCUCCCCCUCCCCUCUGGACCUCACGUCUCUCACUCAGCUUAUGGAAAGAUCUGCCCGUCCGCCCCGAUCCACAUUGCCGCUCACUAGUCUAGAGACUUGCCUUUCCUCCCUCAAGCAGGAAGUGGCUAUACUUCAGACACAGUUGCAUAACAAACAAGAGGCUUUAGCCAGAGAAUCCAUGUUGGAUACAGCAGAUGAUCCUGUAGAAGAAGGCAAAGAACCAGUCCCAGUGCAGAAACCGGUAGAUGACACUAACCAGUCCAAAGUACAUGAUGUAUAGAAGCUAGCUGUGCUUGAUAGUUGUGCUAGGGAUUUAUAGUAGCACAUGGUGCAGGGAUAUUUUAAUUGGUCUGUGAUAAUAGAGGUCAUGAUAUUCAGUUUUUAGAGCAGUUAUUCAAGGUAGAAUAGAAAAUGCUCUUCAAUGUGAAUAUGAUAGUCUCUUACUUUUCAUAAUUUCAGUUGUUAAUAUUGGAAAUUAUAGACAUAUAUGGUUGUUAUAGAGUGCUGCAUAUUGUGGUGCAAACUGGAGGUUUAAUUUCAUAAUUAUACAUGAUAACUGUUGGUUGAAUAUGCAUAUAAUUCAGUAUAUUCAUGUUUACUUUUAACCAUUUCAGUGUAAGUAUAGGUUGGUUUUACUUAUAUGACUUUUUUGUUGAAACUUAUCUACAUAAAAGAAUAUAUACAUUUAAUAUUUAUACAUAUAUGCAAAUUGGUUAGUAUGUAAAGAAAUCUUUAUUAUUCUAAGAAAAUUUUAUUCUAAGCUAAAGACAAACCAAGUAUCUAUUUUGGAAUGCAAUUUUUUAUCCUCAUUUGGAUUUGAAUAAAAAAAAAAUUGUAUGCAGAUUACUGUAUAAAGAUUUAAAGUUUCUGCUCUAUAUUGAUAAAAGUAGAUUCUUGUAUCCAUAGAAAUUAUGUUUGUAGAUGAUUAUGUAUGAUAUUCCUUUUGCCAAUUCUACCUUUAUUUCCCAUAGCUUUGAAUUUAUUGAUAGUCUUGUUCUCUGACCUGUGCUCAAUGGAAAAAUGUAAAUGAAAAUCAAAUCUUUAUGAAAAAAAAAAAAAAAAUGGAAUAUGGACUAGUGUAAGAGACUGAAUGAUACUGUGCUCACACACUUCAUGAUGAUGUAACCAUGAAUUCCAUUUUGUAGUGAUUGUGAUAGAAUUAUGCCAAAUGUAUGUUGUAUUGUCUUCCCUGAGGUACCUGGAACAGGGAAUAAUGGUGAAAGUUGAUAACAUUUGUAUUCUUAUUCAUGUUGAU